GCGCCCAUAUAAGGGGCGGCGGCGGCGCACGCCCCGCCAGAGCGCGGCGGCGGCGCGGAGCCGAGGGGAGCGGAGACAGCCAGCAGCGCUGCGCCGGGCCUCCGCCGCGCCGGGGCAGCCCCCGCCCUCCGUCGUCCGCUCGCCCCAGCCCCGGCGGCCGCCGCCGCCUCCUCCUUCUCCUCGCCGCUGCGGCCCUAUCCCCCGCGGCACCAUGUCAGUGGAGCUGGAGGAAGCCGAUCUGCCCCUCACCGAGGCGGAGGAGGUGCCGCUCGCGCCGGAGAAGAAAGCGGCCUCUAAGAAGGCGAAAGGCGGCGGCGGCGGCUCUUCUUUGUCGCCUUCGAAGAAGAAGAAGAACAACAAGAAGAAGAACCAGCCGGGCAAAUACAGCCAGCUGGUGGUGGAAACGAUCCGCAAGCUGGGCGAGCGCAAUGGCUCCUCGCUGGCCAAGAUCUACAACGAGGCCAAGAAGGUGGCCUGGUUCGACCAGCAGAACGGCAGGACCUACUUGAAAUACUCCAUCAAGGCGCUGGUGCAGAACGACACGCUGCUCCAGGUCAAGGGCACCGGCGCCAACGGCUCCUUCAAGCUCAACAGGAAGAAGCUGGAAGGCGGCGGCGACGGGGGCGCGGGCAGCAGCUCCCACAAGUCCCACAAGAAGGCGACGGCCUCCGCGUCGCGGCGGGCGGAGAAGAAGCCCGCGUCCAAGAGCAAGAAGCCCGAGAAGAAAUCCCACAAGAAAGGAUCCGGCACCGCGGCGGCCAAGAAGGACAAGGGCAAAGCCAAGAAGGCCACCAAGAAGGCGGCCGCGUCCCCGGGGGGCAAGAAGGUCAAGAAGUCCGCAAAGCCCAAGGCGCUCAAGAGCAGAAAGGCAUGAGAACGGGGCGCGGGGAGCCCCGCCGCCGCGGCGGGGGAGCGGGCACCGCGGCCUCCCUGCCCGCCCCCGCCGCCCAGGACUGCGAGCCCCACGGCACAGACUGAGGACAGACCCCCGGGACCCGCUUUGUCUUUGUGUUGCUGACUCGGCUCCGCAGCCGCCUCCGUGCGCAGUGAGCGGGGCUGCGGCUGCCCCAGCCUCCCCAUCCCCCCCGCCGCCUUAUUUUUCCUCCCCCCCCCACCCCCCCGUCGCUCCCCUUUGUUUUCGGCCAUGCGCCACCCCCUUUGCGGACGGUUUCUCAUUGCCCCCCUUUCCCGGCGCCCCGGUGGUUUCACAGGGGUAUUUUCCCGCCUUGUCGCCAUGGCAGCCAUCUUUGAGCGCCCCAGCUCCCCCGGCCGGGCCCGCGCCACGUGGGCCCCGCUCCCGCCGCCCGCGCGCGGAUCGGGCCCCCUCCCCUCCGCUCCCUUCCCCCCCCUUUUGUUACUGUUGCCUGCGCUCGGAAUUUUCGAAAAGCGACGGCGCCCCCUAUUGGCUCCCGGCCCCCGCCGCCAUGGCAACGGCCCGUUGGGCGCCAAUUGGUUGCGGUGGCGUCCGGGUCGCUGAGGAGGGGCCGGCGCCUGCGGGCGGCCGCCUUCCCCCUGGCGCCCGCGCGGGACCAAGCGGCGCGGCGCGGCGGCGGGGCGGCCUCUGCCUGCGGGGGCCCGGGCGCGUCCGCGCUGGCUGCGCCCCGCAGCCCCUGCAACCGCGUAUUCAGGUCGCAUCUUCAAUGGCCUUUAAUUUUUUUUUUUUGGUGGUUUUGGGGAUAUUGGGGGAGGGGGGAGGGGUUUUUUUCUUUUCGGUUGUCGUCAUUUCAAAUAAAUUGUUAAAAACUUUGA